AUGCUUAAAAAUAACCGUUCUGGAGCGCCUGCUGAAGUGGAACAGCAGCUACUGGACAGUGACACGUUCAGGGGUGAUGCCUUCCAAAGGUCAUACCAGUACAUCAGCAGAUACCAGCGAAAGGCCAAUCUCGACAGCUUCUGUUUCACCCCUGGGAAGAUUGAAGGGACCCAGGAAGAGUGUCUGAGUCUCUUGUUGGAGUCCUGCGGGAGAAAGAACCCUUCCUGGACUGAGCUCAGCAACUUCACACGCUUCCUAAACCUCCAGCUGAAGAAGUGUGAAAACUCAGUGUUCUGCAGCAUCGAUUUAGUGCAAGAGGGAUUUCAGGGGUUCAAGGCAUUUGUGAUAAAAUUUAUGAUCACCAUGUCCAAGGACUUUGCGUUGCCUUCCCUAGCCAUGGCAGAUGAAAGCUCACCCAGUGAAGAGGAGAAAAUGGACGAGGAUAGUGUAUUGAGAGGGUACCAGUUAAGACGCAAGUGGGAGCAAGAGUCGCACCCCUACAUAAUUUUCCAUGCUGACAACCACUCCAUGGAGUUCUUGGGUUUCCAUAUCAAUCGGAGUUUUGAUGCUGUCGAUGCACAUUCACAGGCUAUUUUAGAAGAGAAGGUUAUUGAUCGACAUUUAUAUCGCACCCUUGAGGCUCAGAAAGUCCCUUUUAAUAAAAAGUUUGAAGAUCUGUCCAGAGAAGAGCAGCUAGAAACUCUCUGCAGCGUAUUCGGUGUGAGAAGCUCCCAAGACCCAGAUGAAUCCUACCAGCUGACCCUGGACAAUACCAUGAAAAUGCUGGCCAUUCACCUGAGGUUCCAGUGUGGGAUCCCCGUGAUCGUCAUGGGCGAAACAGGCUGUGGGAAGACCAAGUUGGUGCAGUUUAUGUGCAGCUUGCAAAGAGCAGGAAGGGAUGUUCAGAAUAUGAUGCUGGUGCGCGUUCAUGGAGGCACCAGCUCCAAAAUCAUCCACCAGAAAGUCAAGGAAGCCAUCGAGCUGGCACGCGUCAAUGAAGAGAGGCACAACAUGGACACGGUGCUGUUCUUUGAUGAAGCCAACACCACCGAAGCCGUGUUUGCAAUUAAAGAGGUCCUGUGUGACCAGAGUGUGAAUGGAGAGCCAAUCUCCACCACGCGCUUAAAAGUGGUGGCUGCUUGCAACCCUUACAAAAGGCACACCAAGGAAACCAUUGAGAAGCUAGAGAAAGCCGGCUUGGGGUACAGAGUUCGGAGUGAAGACACCCUAGAAAAGCUGGGCUUCAUCCCUUUGAGGCAGCUGGUGUAUCGGGUGCAGCCUCUUCCACCGAGCAUGUUGCCUCUUGUCUGGGACUUCGGGGAACUAAAUGAAAAGACUCAGAGUCUGUACAUCAGACAGAUUGUUAAAUCCAUCGUGGAAGACAAGCUUCCCAAAGAGAACAUGGAUGUUUUUACCUCCGUCAUUUCCACCUCCCAGAAGUUUUUAAGAGAAAAGAAAGAGGAAUGCAGAAUCGCCAGUCUCCGGGACAUAGAGCGCUGCAUGGGGGUGCUGCUGUGGUUUUAUAACUUAAGCGACCUGCUUUUUCCUCUUAUCGACAAAAAAAAGAGUGAGGCUCAACAGUCAAAGAACUGUGACCCAUCUAUUCAUGCGCUUGCAAAGGGGUGUGAGAAAGAUCAGAUAUUUGCAUUAAAUGAAGCACAAAGAUCUCUGCUUCUUGCAGUUGGAGUUUGCUACUAUGUAUCUCUCGAGAGUCGCCAAGAUUAUCUGAAAGAGAUAGCGAAAUGCUUCUCUGUGCCCGAAUCCCUGCUUCAGCUAGAGAUUGUACUUUGCCAAGAGGUGUUCUUGGAUAACCUCUCUGUUCCCAAGACAACAGCACGGAAUGAUGCCCUAAGGGAAAACAUCUUCAUGAUGGUCAUAUGCAUGGACCUGAGAGUGCCGCUGUUCCUUGUAGGGAAGCCAGGUAGCUCCAAAUCCUUGUCUAAGACCAUAGCUGCUGAUGCAAUGCAGGGCAGAAUGUCUAAAACAGAAUUGUUCAAACGGUGCAAGCAGAUCCAGCUGGUGUCAUUCCAGUGCAGCCCUCAUUCCAAGCCUGAAGGAAUCAUCUCCACUUUCAAACAAUGUGCACAGUUCCAAAGGGGCCAGAAACUGGAGGAGUUUGCCUCUGUGGUUAUCCUGGAUGAGAUAGGCCUUGCAGAAGACUCACCUGAGAUGCCCCUGAAGACACUGCACCCUCUUCUUGAAGAUGGUUGCGUUGAUGAUGAAGUCCCAGAACCAUACAAAAAAGUUGGUUUUGUUGGCAUUUCGAACUGGGCCCUGGACCCUGCUAAAAUGAACCGGGGCCUCCUUGUGUUCCGGACCGAUCUCAACAAAGACGAGCUGGUGAAGACGGCCAAGGGAAUCUGUGCUGACGAGACGCAUGUUACCGAGAUUGAGCAUUUGUUCCCCUCCCUGGCUGACUUCUAUUGUGAGGUGUUAAAGAAACAGCCCAUGGAAUUUUUUGGGCUCCGUGACUUCUACAGCCUCAUCAAAAUGAUACUGUUCUACGCCAAGGGCAGAAAAAGCAUCUCUGAAGAAGAUCAGCUCAUUGCAAAAGCAAUUCCGAGAAACUUUGGAGGUUUAAAAGAUCUUGAUCCUUUAGAGCUGUUCAGAAAGAACUCACCCACAUGUCUGCCUUCCAAGUUAAAAACCAACCAUCCAGUUCAUUUGUUACAGGAAAAUUUAAACAAGAAACAGACCGGGUUUGUAUCUAGAUACUUGUUGCUGUUAACAACAAACCACGCGGCUUUCCAGAUCAUACAGAUGACCGAACUCAUGGACAUAGAGAACUGUGAUAUUAUAUUUGGCUCGGGAUUCCCACGGGACCAAGAAUAUUCACAGGUGUGCCGGUCUGUUAACAGAGUGAAAAUCUGCAUGGAGACAGGCAGGCCCGUCAUUCUCUUAAACAUUCACAACCUGUAUGAAAGCCUUUACGAUGCGCUGAACCAGUGCUUCGUCAGGUUAGGAGGGAACUAUUAUGUCGAUCUUGGCCUUGGCACUCACAGAGUUAAAUGCCGCGUGAAGGAGGAGUUUAGGUUGAUUGUGAUUGAGGAGAAAAACGUGGUUUACACGCAGUUCCCCACCCCGCUGUUGAACAGGCUGGAGAAGCACUGCUUGGAGAUGAACACCAUUCUGGACUGGCAGCAGGAGAAGCUGGUGAAGCUGAUGAAUGAAUGGGCCAAGUCGUUCGUCACCAUCAAGAACACAGACUUCUGCUGCACGAGGCCAGCAGACCUGGCUCCCCAGGAACGUGAUGUUUUCAUUGGUUUCAGCGAUGACACUUCUGCCACUGUUGUUCUGCAGUGCUCUCCGAGUGGUUUUCAGAGGAUCUGUCUGUCCGAUGAAGAGGCAGUCCUCUCAGCUUCUAAAAGCAAACUCAUCGAGUGUGCAUCCCCUGAUUCCAUCCUGCGCCUCAAAUAUUCUCCGCUGGAGGAUGUGGAGCAGAUUCAGGACCUGUAUUUUGGAAAGCAGAAGCACAAUGGCCUGAUUGACAUUCUGUGGGGGGCAGUGAAUCAAGAGUCAAAUGCAGAUGGCACCAAUGGACUGUGCCUGGAGGUGAGAUGUUUUAUUUCAGUGUUGUUAUAA